AUGUGCUCUAUCACAGUAGGUCUCCAAAAAACAGGGGCCGGUUUGACCUGCUACCUACUCUUACUCACGAGUAGCGUCGCGGCCGAGACUAGUACCCCGCCGAUUCCGCAGAGCGAGACACAGCCUUUGUGGCUAAUCGAAGCAGCCAACACGCUUCCCCAUCCACGCCAGGUUGCGUGGCAAGACUUGGGCUUAACUUGCUUCGUCCACUUCGGAGUGAAUACAUACACCGAUCGUGAGUGGGGCACUGGCCUCGAGGAUCCUACACUAUUCAAUCCAUCGCAGCUCGACUGUGAACAGUGGGUUCUCGCCGGCAAGAGAGCCGGGAUGAGGAUGAUGAUGCUCACCUGCAAGCACCACGACGGUUUUUGUCUAUGGCAGACGCGCUACACGACUCACUCGGUUAAGAGCUCCCCUUGGCGGAAUGGCGAAGGCGAUGUUCUGCGAGAACUUGCAGCGGCAUGCGCCAAGCACGGGGUCAAGGUUGGCAUCUACCUUUCGCCUGCAGACCUGUAUCAGAUCGAGAGCGAACGGGGUCUGUACGGUAACCUCUCGAAGAAGGUAACGCGUACGAUUCCUGAAGCAGCCGCUGGUCGGCCAUUCGCAGAGCAUCAUCGGGAAUUCACCUUUGACGGGAUUGACGACUACAACGCCUACAUGCUCAACCAACUGUACGAGGUACUCACCGAGUACGGCCCGAUACACGAAGUGUGGUUUGAUGGCGCCCAUCCAAAGAGAAAGGGCGGUCAAACCUAUAACUACGACGCGUGGUACAGCUUGAUCCGCAAGCUGGCCCCAGAUGCUGUGAUUGCCAUCAAGGGGCCCGAUGUGCGUUGGGUCGGUAAUGAAGGCGGUAAAGGCCGAGAGAACGAAUUCAGCGUCUUGCCUGCUGCCUCCAAAGCUGGCGAACAAUGGCGUGAACCAACGGAACGAGAUCUGGGGAGCCGCGUGGUUCUUGAGGAUGCGUGGAGGGCGGGAGCAAAGUACCACUGGUGGCCCGCCGAAGUGGAUACUUCGAUUCGCGGAGGGUGGUUCUACCACGCGCGCGAAGACGGCCAUGUCAACGGAUCGCUGGAACGCCUGCUCGCCUGCUAUUUCAACGGGCCUGGAAACAACGGAGUGCUCCUGUUGAAUGUGCCUCCCGACAGGCGGGGUCUCUUUCAUGAGUCAGAUGUUACUUCAUUGCGAAAGUUCGGCGACUAUCUGAGGAAGAUGUUCGAUGAGGACGUAGCAUCUGGCGCCAAGGUACGCGUUAGCUCUAGCGAGUCUGGACACGGUCCCGAGUACUUGGUGGAUGAUGAUCCAGACACCUACUGGCAGCUCUCUGCAGGAGACAACCGUGGUUGGAUUCAAUUGGACCUCGGCGCACAAGAAACGUUUGACCUCGUGGACUUGCAAGAACACACUCUCAGCAGUGGCCAACGCAUCGAAGCGAUUCGUGUUGAAGCGUUAGUCGGCAAGAAGUGGCAGAUUGUCGGGCAAGGCGGGACGGUCGGUCACCGACGACUAUUGAAGACCAAGAAGGUGACCGCCAGGCAGCCGAUCAUCCGUCGUGAUCGAGACGGAUUGGUGACGAUCGAGGGGCCUGCUAACGCUGCAAUUCACUACACAGUAGACGGGACUGUUCCCUCUAGUAGGAGCAAGCGGUUCGAACGGCCCUUUCGCUUCACGGUCAAAGGCGUGUUGACUGCCGUGGCCAUAGACGAAGCCGACGCCAGCAAUGUCUCAGAUGUGGCCGUGGUGCGGUGCGACAUCCCACCAACUCUGUGGUCUGUUCACCGAGUCAGUUCCGAGCAAGCUGACGCCGGCGAACAAGCCUCUAACGCUAUCGAUGGCGAUCCAGCGACCAUCUGGCAUAGCCGCUGGCGUCCGGAUAGGCCAAAGAGCCCCCAAUCCAUCACAAUUGACUUUGGAGAACCACUCACUCUGGCAGGCUUCAGCUAUCUCCCCCGACCGGAGUCGCACAAGGCGGGGUGCAUCCUAGAGUAUUCAAUUGAGGUCAGCUCGGAUGGCGAGAUGUGGGAACAAGCGUCCUCGGGAGAGUUUGACAACAUGACUAAUAAUCCAGGGUACCGGGAGGUCUUGUUCGACCAGCGAUAUACCGGUCGCUACAUGCGGCUCACUGCAGGCAGAUCCAUUCGGGGGAACCCUGAAGCCUCGGCAGCCGAGAUCGGAGUGAUUACUCAGUGA